UUUCACACCAUUUUAAUGGAGCCUCAAGAUCAGCAGCAUCCGGUGGUGCUAAUCACCGGCUGUUCUCAGGGGGGAAUAGGCCACGCGCUGGCACGUGAGUUUGCUGCAAAAGGGUGCCGGGUGGUGGCCACCAGCAGGUCCACGACAGCCAUGUCUGACCUCGAACAAGACCCCAGGUUCUUCCUCAAAGAACUUGAUGUUGUUUCGGAUGAAAGUGUGAAUAGUGUUGUGUCAAAUGUUGUUGAAAAGUUCGGAAAAAUUGAUGUUUUGGUUAAUAAUGCUGGAGUUCAAUGUGUUGGCCCGCUUGCUGAGCUUCCAUUGUCAGCCAUGGAGCAAACUUUCAACACCAAUGUUUAUGGUUCUAUGAGGAUGGUUCAAGCAGUUGUUCCCCACAUGGCAUCAAGGAAAAAGGGAAAGAUUGUAAAUGUCGGAAGUGUUAGUGCAUACCUUCCUGCACCGUGGGCUGGUGUUUAUACAGCAACUAAAUGUGCUCUUCAUUCACUGACUGACACUUUGAGACUGGAACUAAGACAUUUCGGGAUUGAUGUCAUCAACAUCGUCCCUGGGGCUAUAACAUCCAACAUAGGAAAGACUGCCGUUUCCAACUACAACCGGAUGCCUGAAUGGAAGCUAUACAAGCCAUUUGAAGAAAUUAUCAGAGAGAGAGCAUACUUUUCACAGACAUCAAAGUCGACCCCUGCAGAAGUGUUUGCAAAGGAUACUGUAGCGGCAGUGAUGAAGAACAACCCCCCAGCUUGGUUCUCCUCCGGUCGAUACUCCACCAUCAUGGCAAUUGUAUACCAUAUGCCCACUUUUGUUAAAGAUUUUAUUGUCAGAAAAGCAAUGAAAGGCUGAGUUCUGCAUUGUCUGGACUUGUCUGUUUUAUCCAUCUCAAAAUGUCACUUAAACAUUAUACAGUUACUGAAAUAUCCUUGUGUAUCACCAUAUUGAGAAAACACUGAACAUCAAUGAUGUUUAUGAUAAUUAUAAA